AUGGUUGAAGCGUCGAAGAAGACAGUUACAUUUAUUAUUUGGUUCGAGAACGGAGUUGAGCCCCUCCGGCUCCACCGUCAUGUCGAGACCUAUCCGAAGGUCAUGCUUGAAUCCUUUGGGCCUGAAUUCCUCGUUCCUUUCAUGCUCACUCCGACAUCACUUAUCGAUAAAUGGGAUGCUCGUCAGAGGAAAUGGUUGACAAUAGAUAUCCGGACUGUUAUCACCGUGGAGACAAGCCAUUCGACUUUGCUCCGCCUCCGCCCAGAUAUUGAAGACGAGAUGGAGGAGCAGUGUGGAAGGACGAAUGGCAUCAAGCGGCACACCAGUCCCUCUUCGGCUGUCCCGUCAUCCCGGAAGGUGCCGAAGACAACGCCGGUGUCAAUUGCCCUUCAUGAACUAGAUCGUACAGACAAGCACCAUCAUAUCUUCAUCUCGCCGCCAUCUCUGCCAGUGCAAGGUAAUACCGAAGAUCGAUCAAGCUACAAUACCAUCAAGAAAAAGGUGGUACCUGCGGUUGCGAAGCGGAGUCGUGCGCCAGCUCCGUUCCCACUCGGUCUCCCCAAGAAGGACCGGUCAUGGCCUCACGACUUUUAUGUGAUUGAGAUCGAUGAGGGACUUCGGAAGACGGAACAACUGAAAGAGUCUCGCAAGACGCCCUAUAAGGUCUCUUUCAAAAAGGUGUUUGGUGUAUGCAUGGCAAAGACCACGUAUAAUAAAUACAAGAACCUAUGGAACAGUGAUCAAGUACCACAAGAUCUUCGGCAUUGUUUCCUGGACCACGGCCGACAGAGUGCUGGGAAAUGGAAGAAAUUCCUGAGAGCACUGAAGACCUUGGUGUCUGAUCUAGUGUCGGACGCUUCAUCGGACAGCUCGUCAGAGAGUGAUUCUUCAAUCUCGUGGACUCCAGCUCUGAAGUCCAAUAAAGGCAAAGCCAGAGUCAUAACCCCGGACAAGGACACUACGCCUCAAGCUCCAGAGGCAAGCAUUCGUGUGCCUGAAACAGCUGAUUUGAGCUCGGACUCAGAUGGUGAUGUGGACGCUCUGCGCUGUCCUUUUUGCGACGAGAAGCUUUUGUUCAGUCCGAGCGCUCGGAUGGAGAAGAUGCAGCAAAGUCUCGAGAGGAUCACCUGGCCUGAUCCAUCUCCAGUGAACCCAAAUCACCGACGCGCAGAAUCCUUCCGCGUGUACUCUGAUUUCUGCGAGCUACACCGAUGGGAAGCUGAGGAGCUUCCCAAUGCUCUUGCUAAUGGUUGGCCUAUGAAGCCUGACUUUGCGUCACUUUGGGACCGUAUUUGGAACCUUCAUGCGGUCGUGCUGAGCAUCAUCUCUGACCCCAAGCGAAGUCUGUUCUUCAAUGAGACCCGGAUGCUCUACACCCCUGGUUCCAGCAGCCUCCAGGUCGAGUCCUUGGGUGCUCAGUACGUUCGGUUUAAAGGACACAGUGCUGGCUACUACGGAGGUACAGGGAGGAUUAUCAUACAGAUGACACUCGAGCAGAUGAUACCUGACGGCCCCACAGAUCUGUCCCAUGUCCGGCCAUUGAGCUACAAUGCUCUGAUCACCGAUGUCCUGAUCCCGGAGGUCACCGUUCGUCUCAUCCAAGAGGAUCUCUCAGUCGACUGGGAGACCGCAAUUGUUGUUUUACAGGAGAGCAUGCGUUUCGGGAGCUUUGCACACCCGGGUACUGGGGAUGACCCUCACGUCAACCGGCUGCAGCGCUCUAUCUCUCAUGUUGUCGGGAAAAUCAAUAGAGAGAUUGAAGAAUCCCAGUUUGCAGUGCUUGGUCAAACCCCGGAGGUCAGCACCGAUGGCUCGUCGGGCUCGGACGCAAGCAAUGCAGGUGUUGGCAAUGCAAGUACUGGAUCAUCUCAGGAAGUCAAGGUCGAACAAGCUGAAAUCAACUUGACUUUGGCAGGCACGGACUUGCCUCUAUUCGCAGGUCAUAUGGACGGUUUCCAGAUGGUAAAUGAUGGGGGUCGUACUGUCUUUGAGAUUGAUUCGGACUAG